AGACUUCUUAUACUUUUAUUUCAUUCGUUUAAUACUGAAGUUUUCAACGUCAUUGUUCGUUUGUCAAAAGUUGUACUAAUUACAAAAAAAAACUACGAUGCAGCGUUUCAUUUGUAUGUUCUGUUGUAUUGUUAUUGCUUUAACAAUACACUCAGAUGCGGCUAAACAGGAAGAAGGAGGUAUCGUAGAAACCUUAAAACAUAUGUUUACCAGAAGUAAAGAUAGCAAAGAACCCAGUGAAGCAACAGUUAUAACGCAUGCACCGUCAGGAAAACUGCUAACUAAAGAAAUUCCCCAACACGGCCACAACGACCACCAUAGCGGAUCAGCAAGUGACGAAACAUUAAUAGUACCCAGUGGAGAUAUAACAAUUAUAAAAAAAGAAUCAUCAGAAGAACUGCAUGAUAGAGAUAUUUCCCAACACAGCGACCAUAAUGGACCACAAAUUUUUGAAGAAUUUGCAGUCAAGGAACAUCAUGGUCACGACCAUAUUCAUAAUGAGCAUUGCCAACACGGCCAACACGGCCAAAACGACCACCAUAGUGGAUCAGCAAGUGACGAAACAUUAAUAGUACCCAGUGGAGAUAUAACGAUUAUAAAAAAAGAAUCAUCAGAAGAACUGCAAGAUAGAGAUAUUUCCCAUCACAGCGACCAUAAUGGACCACACAUUUUUGAAGAAUUUGCUGUCAAGGAACAUCAUGAUCACGACCAUAUUCAUAACGAGCAUUGCCAACACGGCCAAAACGACCACCAUAGUGGAUCAGCAAGUGACGAAACAUUAAUAGUACCCAGUGGAGAUAUAACGAUUAUAAAAAAAGAAUCAUCAGAAGAACUGCAAGAUAGAGAUAUUUCGCUUAGCAACCUCAACUUUAAUGACCAUAAUGGACCACACAUUUUUGAAGGAGUUGCAGUCAAGGAACAUCAUGAUCACGACCAUAUUCAUAAUGAGCAUUGCCAACACGGCCAAAACGACCACUAUAGUGGAUCAGCAAGUGACGAAACAUUAAUAGUACCCAGUGGAGAUAUAACGAUUAUAAAAAAAGAAUCAUCAGAAGAACUGCAAGAUAGAGAUAUUUCACCGCAUGGACUUCAUCAAAGAUCACAUUAUCAUGAUGGACUAGGAAACAGGCCUGAUAAAUACAAUGACUACGGCCAUAAUUUUGGUAACUUUGAAGUGCGUAAUGAUUUAUAUCCCGAAAGACACAGUUCUGAAGAAUAUGGUGAAGCACGUAUUCCUGUAUAUUCCAACGAUAACCUCAACUAUAGCGACCAUACUGGACCACAUUUUUUUGAAGGAGUUGCAGUCAAGGAACAUCAUGAUCACGACCAUCUUCAUGAUGAGCAUUGCCAACACGGCCAAACCGAUGGCGAUUAUAGUGGAUCAGAAAGUAAUGAAACAAUAAUAGUACCCAGUGGAGAUAUAACAAUUAUAAAAAAAGAAUCAUCAGACGAACUGCAUGAUAGUAAUAUUCUACCGCAUGGACCUCAUCAAAGAUCACAUUAUCAUGAUGGACUACUGGGACCCAGACCAGAUCAUAGUUACAAUGGCCAAUACGGCCAAACCGAUGGCGAUUAUAGUGGAUCAGAAAGUGAUGAAACAGAGAAAACAUUAAUAAUACCCAGUGGAGAAGUAACAAUUAUAAAAAAAGGAUCGCCAGAGGAACGUCGGGAUGGUGAUAUUCCCUACAGUACUCAUGGUUUUAAUGGAGUUCGUGGUGAUCAAAAUUACGGAAGCGGAAGUUCUGAAGCACAUAUUCCUGUAUAUUCCAACGGCCAUGUCUAUGAAGGAGCCAAUACUCACAAAGUCAUAGAAAAUUAUCGCCACGAAGGACUAGUUGGACAUCACGGAUCCUUGGCUCAUAAAUCAAAUGACUGGGAAUGAACGUGAUCCGAGUUUUAAAGAUGGUUACUAAUAAUAUUAUGUUAAUAAUAAAUUACCAUGUACAUUUGUUUUUAACCACUUAAUAAACUAAAACUAUAUAUUCAUUUAAAA